AUGAUACCCCGGUCAGUUGUGGGACGGUCACUCACCUGCCCACGUGGCCGCAUCCCCUUCCAAGCGACACGCUGCUUCUCUACAACCUCUGCCGCAGGGAACCAGCGUGCCUCGGUCCAAGAGAACAACACCCUGGCUCGCCCCCAUGGGAUCGAUCCACGAUGGCUUACCACGAUGAAGGGCCGAAUCGGGCGAUGCAUCAGUUUUGGACUGCAACCCGCGCAGGUCGAGGGUGCGGGCGAUAUUCUGCGGCAAUUGGCCCGUGACUGGCGCGAAUUGAUUGCAGGCAGUGAGGGAUUCUUGACCGACGAGAAACGACGAAGCCUCUACCGACAUAAUGUCGUAUGGGGAGAGAUGGAUGUCAUGGGCCAUGUCAACAAUGUCACGUACGUUCGCUACGCCGAGUCGGCUCGUGUGAAUUGGACGCGCAAUAUUGGCUUGCAUGUCGACACAUCGAAUCGGGAGAAAUGGCUGAAUCUUCUCAAUUCGACGGGUAUUGGAUUGAUUCUUCGAAGUAUCAAGGUGGACUACAAGUUUCCAAUGACAUUCCCCGACAAAAUCACCGUCUAUCAAAAGCUAGUCCACGAUCCAAAUUCCUCACCCUCCUCUCAGUCCGCUUUCCAGCUUCAAGUGAUGAUUUUGUCCGAAGCUCGUCAGCGUCCGGCAGCACGGUGCUACGAGGACAUUGUCACCUACGACUACAGGAGGAACCAAAAGACCCCCGAGCUGCCACCUUUCAUCUUGGAUCAGUUCAAGGCUAUCUGGCGAUUACAAGAGCAGGCCAAAAAAGAAUGGCAGGAGAAGAUUGCGGACCUCGAGAAUCAGGUACGGACUCUCGAGCUCGAGAGCUGGGACUGUAAGGAUGCUGUAGAGGAUACCGGAUCCGCAUAA